AAGAAUCACACCCAGAAAAGCUUAAAGAGAAAGAAGAAAUGAGACCAGCUUCCCAAGCUCUAUCCUUCUUCUUCCUCUUGAUCAUCUGCACUUUUAUCUGCAAGAAAACCAUAAAGAUGUUUCCCGGUUCGGCGUUCCUAAACUACGUCGUUUUCGUGGCCACGCAGUUGAAAUGGGCGUGGGAUUUUCUCCUCCUGCAAUCUUUCUGCCAGGCGCGGCCGGGGGCGGCGUUCAAGUUUGACAUGGCGGCGGUUUCCGGGAGCGCCGGGCAGGAUCAGCUCGCGGUGCGGCGGUUCCAGGGCGGCGGCGGGGAAGUGGAGUGCGCGGUUUGUCUGUGCAAGGUAGAGGAAGGGGAAGAGGUUAGGGAUUUGAGGUGCGAGCACGUGUUUCACAAGGUUUGUCUGGAUAGGUGGCUCGGGACGGGGCGGACCACGUGCCCGCUUUGCCGGAAUCACGUGAAGCCGCCGCGGGCGGCGGCGUUGGAUGAGCUCCACCGCCACCAGGAAGUUAUUGUGUUCGACGUGUUCGGUGGCCGGCGCCGGGAUCGGUGCACGUGGUGGCUCAGGUGAAUGGAUUGAUCGAAUAACGUAGGCUACGCUCGCCGCCGAGCGCCGGGCGGGCGGGCGGGCGGGCGAGUUCUGUAUAUUAGUAUGUAUAGUGUCAUAUGCUUACGCAAUGUGCCACGGUUUAGGGGUACGAUGAUGACGAAAUCUCUUUCUUCUUUUGCUUCGAUAUGUACUUUGGAUGCAACAAAAGCCAAAGAAGUUUCUUUUAAUUUUUUA